CCCCUGAGUCGACAGGAGCGAGGGAUCCGUAGCACGUCCCAUUCAUCAUUCAGUGUACACGCUUCCAUCUUGGAAUCAAGAUGUGGUUACAUAAACUGAUUCUGUUCUCAUUAUUCCUCACAGUUUUCGGUCAAGAUGACACAGAAGAAGAUAUAACUGAUGCAGAGAAAUUAGCAGAAGGAGAGAAGAAACUAAGUGAAAAUGUUCUGGCAAUACUCGAGCACUUUAAACAGCCAGAUCCUGUGGGACUGCCAGGUGCUGCUAUACCAGACCCGUACCCUGUGCCAGAUAUGAAACAGUCCCUGUCGUUUGGUACUCUCUACUUCAAGAACACGGCUGUGCACGGCAUCAGCAAAUUCCGCAUACUCUAUGUCAAUGCUGAAAUUGGAGCAAUGGAGGUCCAUGCAGCGAUGACAAUAGAUGUACUGCAAGCUCGCGGUAAUUACACCAUGUCAACUUGGUUGAACAGAGCUCAGGGGCCAUUCACAGUCGACGUCACUGGUCUGAAGAUUAUAGCUAGAGCAACACUCGGCGUGGAACGUGAUGGAAAACUACGAGCACAAGACAUUGUCAUAGACCUCAGUUUUAGCACUAUAGCAGUGAACUUUGAAAACCUAGGUUUCUUUGGUGGAAUGUUUCAAGGAAUUAUUAACACAGUUGGUAACUUCCUCUUCGACUCCAUUAAACCAUAUGUUUUGAAAGAAGCUUACACUAAAGUUAGAGCCGAAAUCAACACUAAACUGGAUGAAGUCGCUGGAGAUAUGCAGUUCCCUAACUCCAUAUCUCCUCUAGACAUGGUGAUCAUUGACGUCCGGAAAAAGGUACGAGACAUGCAUCUGGACCCUUACAAAAUGAAAGACUACAACGCCACCGUAAGUGUUUUCACAGUAUCUUUAACAAAUACUUGGAUUACUGGUAUAUCUGCAUUUCAAAGAGUUGGUAAUAUAACUUUGCAAAUGGAAAAUAAUACUGCUAUCGCAGACUUUGAUAUUGGCACACAACGGCUUGAAGGCAGAACUCAAUGGGACAUUUCUGCUAUUGGUGGACUACUAUCAAGAGCUGGUACAGCAUCGUUCUCCGUAGAAUAUAUAAGUGCCAGAAUAAUAUUAGCGCAGCCGCUUGACACGAGGAAGAAGCCAAUAUUCAGGAACAUAGACUUGGAAGUAGGAAACAUUCAAGUUCGGUGGAAUGGAGCUGGUACUAUUGAUUACGUUAUUGAAUUCACAGUUAAUGUUUUACCGAACCUACUGAGAUAUCAGAUAAUGGAUGCCAUAGAAGGUCCCUUGAGAGAAAGAGUGCAACAGGAACUUGAUAAGAUUAAUGUUGAGGAGAUGAUUAAAGAAGAACUUCCAAAACUCGACGCCAUGCAAGGUUCAGGAUUUAAACUAUCAGAUUUCAAAGAGUCCGUCACAGAAAAGGAACCUUUUGAUGAAGACGAGUUCUUUAACUUUUAAGUCUGAAUUACUUUAAAGUAAGAUUUCAUAUUUCAUAAAUUGUCAUCUACUUAUUUAUUAAAUUAAUAAAAUUGAAUAAAUCGUACAAUUAUA